AUGAGCAUUAUGCUCAAGUCAGAGCUGAAGAAUUCCUCGAAAGUGAUUGCGCAGCUGACGGGCAAGCCUGCCCCCAAACUGCAGGUUUUGUUGAGAGAAUUGUAUCAGGUCUGGAGUGCCAACCCUGCCUUUUUGUCCAUCAUUGCAUGCAGUCCCACUUUGAAUGGAGACAUUCCAGCAGAGUUCAAUGCCAACAAUGUGCAGAUUGGAGCGCUGAUGCCAACGCCUCAGCAACAGCAAGGGAGCGAGUUUGGCGGAGAGCAGGAAAAACUCCUAGAGGAUUUCCUCGCCGCAGGGAGUGCACCAGUCUACUUUGGCUACGGCUCGCUCAUUUGUGGUUCAUCCAAGUUCAUGUGCCUGCUGUCCUUGAGAGCAUUGAAAAAGACCGGCGAGCGUGGCAUUCUAGUUUCAAGUUGGUCGACCAUGUCUGAGGCCGACAUUCUUGGGGAACCAGACGCUGAGGAGCUCAAAGCCUACUGUGCGGAGAAGGUCUUGUUCAUGAAGACAGCCCCACAUGGUCGUUUAUUCCCUCGAUGCAAAGUUUGUGUUCAUCAUGGGGGUGCAGGCACAUUCAACUCCUCUGCCAGGUCAGGCACGCCAACGGUCAUUACGCCCAUCAUCGUGGAUCAGUAUGAUCAUUCAGACUUGCUGAAUCAGAUGGGCUUCGGUGUUGGUCUGAAGAUGAUGUCCAAGCUCAAGCCCGACGACUUGGCAGGGGCCAUCCAACAGUGCAUCCACUCAGAGUCCAUCAAAGAAAAAGCUAAAGCAGUGGCUCAAGGAAUGGAAAAGGAAGAUGGCCAGAGCCGCCUGGUUGAAGUCGUCAAUGAUUACUUUGAGAGCCACAUCAAAACGGGGCGGCAUGCAGCGAUCAAAGCCAAGCUUGUCCGCUUGGAU